UAAAGUGAGUAAAUACCUACAGUUUAUUUUAGCUUCUAGAUAACCUUUGUUUAGUUCCUGCCGCCGACGCUGAGUCGACAUCUAGGUUCCUACCUAGGUAGGUAGUAGGUAUGGACCUACACUUGGAUUCCCGCUUCUUUUGCCCAUGUGGUGCCUACGGUGCUUUUGAGCACGUCUCCCUCCACUUCCCCCACCCUCGCCAAGCAAAAAAUCAACUCCAACAUACUAAUCCCUCACAUUAUGUCAAUCAACAUGCCGCUUCGGGAGACGGACCCAGAUUUCGAGAGUGAGCUCUUCGGAAAAGUCAAGGCAGCGUUCAACGCAAAGUUCGGGGUUCUCCAAUAUCAUCUCCCGCUGCCGCUCCUCCCGGGCCUCGUCGAUGGAUACGGGGAGAAGCUCCUGCCGUGCCAUGAACCUGCCGAGGAGACCAUCGCCAUCAGCGCCCACAUGUCGGUGCGCAUCCAUGCCUUUUACGAGCAGAUUGCCGCCGCCUAUAACGGGAUCGAGGAUCCGCCAGCUAGCAUCGGCGUCAAGAUCGAAAUCCAGCCGCAGAACUUUAACCCAGAGGAGCCAGGAUGCCACCAUCGCAGCUAUCACUCACGCCGCCUGCAGCUGCAUGACCCCGAGACACUGCCAGAUCUGCCCUUUGUGAGCAGCCUGGCCAUCAGGUCAACGGCGUACGGCUCCGGCGCCGAAAACGCGACAGACAUACGCCCUCUGUCUCCCCUCGUGCCGCUGCAGUGCCUCGUCCACCUGCCGGCUGUCCAAGAGUGGAAUGCCCCCUGGUUGUGGGAGCGGCCCAUGCCCGCCUCCAUGCCGAGUAGGGUGAUGCGCGAGCACUACACCUGGCCGUGGGAGGGCCCCCUGCGAGACGCCCGCCACGAGUUCGGCGCCGCCAUCAUGGACCAGGAGAAGCACCUCUGCGGGAAAAGGAUCCCCGCCAGUCUGACCAGGGCCGCACUGCACUUCUGGCCUUUCUUCUCGCUCCCCAGGCAUGACCAGUCCGUGGCCCGGCCGAACCUGAUCCAUCCGGCGGAUAAAGACCCGGUGUCUGUCGGCCUGUGCAAGCUCGGUGCGCAGCUAAGCCUGUUCGACGUGCGUGCUGUGGUCACUUCAGACCUGUUCCCGAGUCCCGAGGCGUCAACCGACCAGCAGUGGUCACAGAUGCGGCGAUUCCGGCUCGAGUUCCAUUGCCUCCGCCCAGACGGGCGGUGGUACUUUGUCGGCCCCGGUGGCGAGGAUCCGCACGACUCGGAACAAGGAGGGUACAAGAUCUCAGACACAGAACACUACCCCCGCGAAACCGAAACGGACGACGACAUGGACCUCCACGCCGAGUACGGCGACAACCCGGAUGACGGGUGCGAUUACGAUCUAGACAUGUUCCGCACCGAGCCCUGCAGGGAGCGGAUCGAGCCCCUGCUUGCGGCGUUUGCGAAGUCUCUGACUCGCGACAAUAUGCCGAGCCUUGAGGACGCCGAGGUUUUCACGCACCUAUGGUGGUACCCUUCAGACGACAGAGAAGCGGAGAAAUAUCGUCUGCCGAUGAAAAAGGGCCACAGAUGGGGUGUCAAGUUUAUUGCCGGGCGUGGUAGUAAGAAUCAGAAGGACGGCGAUGCUGCCGCUGCGGCACCAACACCACCGGUGGUGCAGUGGCAAGUUGGCGACUGGAGACCCAGCGAGAAGGUCAUGGGUUUGUUCGAAAGCCUAGGACGGCAGGAGUGGCUUGAUCUCGAGUGGGACAGGUAUAGAGAUACGGCGGGGCGCGACUUGCUAGGAAACAGCGAGUCUUCACCCAUAUAGUCGGGCGGGCAACCGGAAUCCUUUGUUGGGGAUUUCGAGACCAAGUGGUCUGAUACCUUUUUAGAAAUGGCUGGUUGAAUAUGCGAUCGCAGCAGCGGGGAGGGCGGGGACGUAUGCUAUGAUCGUUUUAAGCACUCAUACCUCUACAAUCUUCUCGUCGC